AUGGGAUUCAUCGUCGAGAUUGUUGCCUUGAUUUGUCUCAUCUGGGCCAUCACAGUUGUGGUCGUCCAGGGAAUUGGUAUUGCUGCAAUCUUUCGAUACUUUUCCAAGGUAGCACCAAAGCCCAUCUCCCCGAAGCUCGGGGAAGAUGCUCCCUCCGUCACAAUAAUCCGCCCUGUCAAGGGACUCGAACCUCGACUCUACGAAUGCAUCGCAUCCACCUUCCAGCAAGAUUACCCUUCGAACAAACUAUCCAUCCGUCUAUGUGUAGAGGAUGAGACCGACCCCGCCUACCCAGUGCUACAAAAGCUGGUUGAGGACUUUCCAUCCUUUGACGCCAAGGUGCUAGUCGAAUCUCGCGAUCCUAUAUUACACGGCACCAACGGCCACGUCAACAACCUGGGGCCGAAUCCCAAGAUCCGCAACAUCAGUAGGGCGUAUCGCGAGGCCCGGGGAGAAAUUAUAUGGAUAAUUGACUGCAAUGUCUGGGUCGCAAGUGGCGUCUUGGGACGCAUGGUGGACAAACUCAUGGGAUAUGGACCGAACGGCGCCUCGACAAAGCCAUACAAAUUUGUUCACCAGAUGCCACUUGUCGUAGAUGUUAUGGACUACAAUCGUCCCGGGACAGAAGACAGCCAGGUUCUGCUAUCAUCAGUGUCAGAAACUGGGGUUUCUCCUGGUAUUUCUAGAGAACCUGAGGGCCUUUUUGCACGCAUUCUCCGCCACGGAGGUGGUCGGCUGGACGAAAUGUUUAUGGCAACCACGCAUGUCAAGUUCUAUGGGGCCAUCAACACUGUUAGUAUUGCCCCCUGUAUUGUAGGGAAGAGCAACAUGUUUCGAAAAGCCCACCUCGACCAAGUGACGACACCCUCGCGCAACCCUAUACUGCCAAAAGGCGAGAACAAGCCCUCCGGAAUUGACUACUUUUCACACAACAUCUGCGAGGACCACCUCAUUGGUGACUUGCUCUGGCGAUCGAGCAUUCCCGAGCAUUCAAAUCACGGCAUCGUCUGGGGCGAUCUGGUCAUCCAGCCCAUGGCUGGCAUGUCUAUUACGUCGUACGCUGCACGUCGCGUUCGAUGGCUACGUGCAAGAAAGAAUACCGUUCUGGCGGCCACCUUGGUCGAGCCGGGUGUCGAAUGCUUUCUCUGUUGCGCCUACUUUGCCUUUGGGCUUACCACUCUCCCCUGGUUCCACGACACUUUACAUAUCCCCCAGACAUGGUCAGCCAUGGCAAUGACCUGGUUACUCGCCGCGAUCGCUUGGAUGUGCCUUGACCGUCUGACAUUUGAGCGUCUUCACUCAGGAGCGAGCGUUCAACGCAGCCACGACAGCCCUCGGUUCGUUCGCGGGACAGGGCACGCAGGCGGCAUGCCACGACGAGGGUUUCUAGAGUGGUUCUUGGCAUGGCUCGGACGAGAAACCUUGGCACUGCCGGUCUGGACAUGGGCGGUCUUAUGCGGAUCGACAGUGACAUGGCGAGGCAAGGAAUUUCAGGUCAACAGGGAUGCAUCUGUGGUUGAGAAAGGCGAGAGGACGACUAGGAAAGUCUCUCGGACACCAGAGCUGGAGCGGGGGAGGCAAUCGAGCAAAGACCGGUUAGACUAG